GUCGUCAUGGCGUACUUCACGUCGGCGCGGUGCAACCGUAACGCGCCCUACGUCGCUACCACGCUCAGUUGCAACUCCGCCAUCAUCCUCUUCUCCCUCGCCGCUUUAUUCGCGUCCUCCACUGCAGCAGACGUCGCUCCGUUCCAAGAUCCACUACACGUUCAGCUCGAUUCUACCACGGACACGCUUUUGACGCUUUCAACCGACCAGAUCGCUCUGGACAGCGCACAAUUUAAGACUCAAGUGCUCAAUACUGUCCCUGAUUUAGUCCCCGCUGACGUGAUAUGCGACAAGAUCCAGCAUUGCGACAAAAAAGGCGUGUGCGCCAUUGUCUGCAAGCACGGUAGUGUCCAGGUGGACCAGUGGCUACAAAAUGCUCUAAAACUGCAACGCCAACUCGCAUACCGUCGCAACUUUUGCGCUGCCUCGUUGCCUGGAACGCACAAUUCGGCCAUCAAUCUGGCCGACGGAUAUGGAGUGGAGGACCAUGUGUUUGAAGGCUAUCUACGCUACUUUUCGUGGUUUAAGAAAGGUAUGAAGGUGCACACGAACGACCAGUUAUUCUCGCUUACGGAUCAAUUGCACAUGGGCGUGAGAUUCAUUGAGUUGGAUGUGCAUUGGUUCGAUGGGGAUCUCCAUAUCGCCCAUUGUGGAGGCUUCAAGUCCAAGUUAUUGGACGGGAUGAUCGAAGUUUUCAAUGAAAUUGCAAAACUAUUGGGGACCGGCAUUGAGUGGGACUCUGAGACUAUUGGGUGUAAGCCCAGUUUGAGUAGUAUCCCGUCGAAAGAGCAGAGGCCGCUGAAGGAGGCGUUGAAGGAGCUGGCAACGUGGCUUCAUGCACCUGAGCAUAAGGACGAGUUCUUGAUGGUGUUCUUCGAUGACGAGACGAACCUCAUGAAGUGGAAAAAAGUCGGUAAACUACUGGACUAUUUGAAGGACUAUUUCCCAGAAGAAGAGAUUCUACGACCGAUCGAACUGGCAUACGACACCAAAUGGCCUACGAUUGAAGAGCUGCUUCGCGUUGGGAAACGUGUGGUGUUUAUGAGUGGUGUCGAUUAUUUUAGCGACGGAGAGGAGCUUCUGUUCGUAAAGGACACUGUAUGCAACUGGCAAGAGCCACCACUGCCACUUGCUCCAUUCCCAGCAUGCCGCUUCAACGAAUCCAAAACAAAUAUCGGGAUUUCGGACGAGAACUUCACCAUUUUCCGUCCAGAAACCAGCGAAAUCGAGUACGGUUUCCUCAAUGCAGACGGUCAAUUGGGCAUCAACAAGAACUUGCUGAACGAAGAAUCGCUGCCAGGCGUGGCACAAUGUGGCGUGAACUUGCCAUCACCCGACAACAUCACUCCCAAGCGCAUGGAGGCUACUAUUUGGGCUGUGUCUAAGGGACAAGAGCUCAAUCCGAAGCAGUGUGUAGCUCUCAUGCGUGAGUCGAAGACGUGGCAGAGCGUGGAGUGUGACACUGCGAACCUGGUGCCCGCAUGUGUUGACGUCAAGAACCCGCGUCAGUGGCAGCUUGGAAGUGCGUCGGUCGUUGAAGCCGACGCAGCCAUCGCCUGCGCCUCUCUUGCCUCUGCAUCGAUGACGUAUUCGGUCCCGGCGUCUGGGUAUGAGAACGGACUGCUGCAUGACCAGUUGGUGCAGAAUGCUGCUAGUUCGAUUGGUGGCGUCUGGUUGAACGCCAAAGCUGUUGUCUCGGAGGUCUACUCGACGACUGCUGUCCAUGAGACGAAAGUAACAUCCAUUGACGACAUUAUGUCGGUGGAGUAA